AUGGGUACCGAAAAAGCUGCUCUCCCUACUUGGGCAAGAGGACGAGAAGGAUUGAGGAGAAGGGAUCCUCGCGAGUGGAUCUUGCUCAUUACUGUUGUCGUGCUUGCACUUCAUUUCCUGAGCUGGGCAUACCAGGACCAAUUUUCAAUCCCCAUUGGAAGUGACCGACCGCGAAAGACUCAGAGCUCUGAGGCCUCGGAGCGUGUUCUAGGUCUGCCUUUGAAGGCAAUUCCGUUACACCUCGAGGACUUCCAGCAAUGUUCGAUCGAGACGCUUCGCGAUGACACCCGUCUUGCUUUCCUGGACACAGCGCAUUCGCUUCCAGUCAACGAAUUUGUGGCUCGCCGGGACAGACUAGCUCAAGGUUUGGUGGAAGAUGGUAUGGACGCAUUUGCGGUCGAGCCUGGCUAUACAUUCUCCUAUUUUGCCAAUGUGACCCAGCCUCAGUGGGAAGUCUGGGAGCCGGAAGAGAGGCCUUUCCUCAUGAUUGUGAGGCCUCAGCAAUCGCAUGAUCUGGUGACGAACGAACUCAUCGUCCGGGCGAACACUACAUUCUUGGUACCUUCCUUUGAGGCUGAACGCGCGCGAUUGCUGAAGAUGCCAAUCAUGGGCGAGAUUGAGUUGGUGACAUACGAAGAGCACUGGAACCCGUUCGACACGCUGCUUUCCUCUCAUGUCUUCGCUGCGGAGAAGAGAGCACCUAAAAUUAUGGUGGACGAAGAAAUGCGAGAUUUCAUCUCUCGUGGACUGGCGGAGAAUGGGUUCGAUGUUCACGGAUUGAGCAGUGAUGUGGAGAGAGUCAGGCAAAUCAAGUCUGAGGCAGAGGUCGGCAUUCUCAGAGCUGUCAACACUGGCACUGUGGAAUGCGUAAGGGCGAUGCGAAAGUGCAUGACUCCCGGUCUAAGCGAGGACGAAGUCAUGCAGGUACUCGAUAAUACGAUGCGAUACGCUGGUCUUGAGCCUUUCUUCGAUAUCGUGCUUUUCGACGACAACGCAGCCAAUCCUCACGGGGGCACCGACGGCGCCAAAACCCUGGAAAAGGAAACAAUGGUCUUGAUCGAUGUCGGUGCGCAUUUGUUUGGCUACUCAAGCGACAUCUGUCGCAGCUUUUUCCCACCGUUUUUCAAGAAACCCUCUUCGGACGCAGAGCUUACCCUUCUGAGCAAAGAGGUCCAGGAAAAGAUCAAGGUCUGGAACAUCGUCCUCGAGGCUCAGACUGCCUCUUUGCACGCUUUACAUGAGAACGGUACCUGUGCUUCGGUGGAUCUUGCCGCCAGAAGCGUGAUUUCCGACGCCGGCUACGGAAGUGCGUUCACUCAUCGCGUAGGUCACGGUAUAGGUAUUAAGGCUCAUGAGUCUCCUUAUCUGAACAAGGGGAACACGGAAACAAAGCUGAAGGCUGGAAUGAUAUUCACGUCUGAGCCAGGCAUCUAUCUUGUCGACAAAUUCGGGGUGAGGCACGAAGACAUACUGCUUGUGAAGGAAGAAGGGCUGCCCGAGCUCCUCACCGGAGAGAGAGCACACGGACCAUGGGAUCCGUAA